AUGUCAAUCGAAGGACGUGCACCGCGUAUAAAGAACCGAGCGCCUGCUCCGCUGCAGAUUACUGCAGAGCAGCUGCUACGUGAAGCCCAAGAGAGACAGAUCGCGCCGAAGCGCAAAGCUCCUCGACUCCGUAUUGAAAGCUAUGAAGAGCUGGAAGAUUAUCGUGCGAGAAAGCGCACUGAGUUUGAGGAUGCGAUCCGUCGUCUGCGAGGAAACAUGGCCGCGUGGAUACGCUAUGCAACUUGGGAAGCAACACAGGGUCAGAUGGACAGAGCACGGUCGGUAUUUGAGCGAGCGCUUGAUGUGAACCCACACCAUAUACCCCUCUGGCUCCGAUACACGGAGCAAGAACUGAAAAUGCGCAAUAUUAAUCAUGCGCGCAAUUUAUUUGACCGGGCUGUUUCUAUCUUGCCAAGAAUAGACCAACUGUGGUACAAGUAUGUCCAUGUGGAAGAGCUGCUUGGCAAUGUGAACGGCACGCGUGAAAUAUUUGAGCGUUGGAUGGAAUGGGAGCCUGAUGAGCGUGCGUGGAAUGCUUAUAUUGCAUUCGAAAUGCGUUAUCAUGAGUUUGAUAAAGCGAGUGCUGUUUGGGAGCGUGCUGUGACCUGCCAUCCUGAACCUAAACAAUGGAUCAAAUGGGCCAAGUAUGAAGAGGACCGGGAUAGCCUUGACAAGGCCCGUCAAGUGUUUCAUAUGGCCCUUGACUUUUAUGGCGAGGAGGAAGAAGCGCUAGAACGUGCGCAAACAAUAUUCACUGCCUUUGCUAAAAUGGAGAUACGUCAAGGCGAGUAUGACCGGGCUCGUAUGAUCUACAAGUACGCUCUUGAAAGGAUCCCCCGUGCCAAAAGUGAAGGCAUUUAUACCAGUUAUACCAAAUUUGAGAAGCAGUUUGGAAACAUGAAAGGUGUGGAAGAUACAGUUACUCAGAAGCGGCGCCUGCAAUACGAAGAAGAAAUUGAGGAGGCCGAUGGUACAAGCAAUUACGACACAUGGUUCAAUUAUACUCGCUUAGAAGAAGAGUAUUAUCGUUCUUUGUUGGAGGAGGAUGCAUCAGGUGCAACUCUCGAAUCGGCAUGCAAUAAGGUGCGCAAUGUGUAUGAGCGUGCAUUGAGGUUGGUUCCGCCAGCACCUGAGAAGCGAUUGUGGCGUCGAUAUAUUUACUUAUGGCUUCGAUAUGCUCUAUUUGAAGAAUUAGAUGCUCAAGACUUGGAUCGGGCGAAAAAGGUGUAUGCGUCAGGUCUUUCUCUCGUACCACACCAAGAAUUUACCUUUGCUAAAUUAUGGCUUAACUAUGCCAAGUUUGAAAUUCGGCGUUUGGACCUUCCUCUCGCACGAAAGCUUUUAGGCACAGCUAUUGGCGUGUCCCCCAAGCCAAAGCUCUUCAAAGGCUACAUUGAGCUAGAGCUGAAGUUGAAAGAAUUUGAUCGAGCUCGAAAACUCUAUGAAAAAUGGCUUGAAUGGGAUGCCGGUAAUGCAGCUACAUGGGUCAAGUUUGCCGAGUUGGAGCAGAAUUUGUUCGACUUGGAUCGGGCUCGUGCCAUCUACGAGUUGGGCAUUGGUCAGGCAGAGUCUGAUUCGGUGGGCAUGGAUAUGCCCGAGGUGCUAUGGAAGGCAUAUAUUGACUUUGAGUUUUCUGAGCGCGAGUUGGAACGUGUGGAUGCAUUGUACGAACGCCUGCUGGGAAAGACGAAUCAUGUCAAGGUAUGGAUCAGCUAUGCAUUGAGUAAAAUGGCUGCUGCUCUUGCUUUGGAAGAGGAUGAGGAUGCUGAAGCUGAAGAAGAGGGUCUUGAAAUCGUCCUGACAGAGGAAAAGCAAGCGCAGCGGGCCGCUGUACGUCAUGAAGCAGCGAAUCAGACGCGUCAGGUGUUUGAACGUGGCUAUAAAAGCUUGAAAGAAGAAGGCCUGAAAGAAGAACGUGUAGUGCUUUUGGAAGCGUGGAAGGCGUUCGAGGCGGAGCAUGGUGAUCAGACAAGUCUGGACACAGUGCAAGCCAAGAUGCCACGUAUAACAAAACAGCGUCGCCCUGUACCAAAUGGUAUUGAAGGCACCACGGAAGAAUAUUACGAUCUUACAUUCCCUGAGGAUGAAGAGCAGCACAAGCCAUCCCACAAGUUGCUCCAGAUGGCUCGUGCUUGGCAUGCACAGCGAACAGCCUCCGAAGCUUCGUAG